ACGGCGGCGUCGUAAAGCAGCUCCGCCGAGUUGAGGGCCGCAGUUCCCGCCCCCUUCCGCGCAGGGAUGGAAGAUCACAGCGCCCCCUCCUGGCUCCCGUAAACCCCAGAUCUCACGGCAGGGCGGCAGCAGCAUGGAGGCACGCUUUACACGCGGGAAGUCGGCGCUGCUGGAGCGCACGCUGGCACGGCCGCGCACCGAGGUGAGCCUGAGCGCCUUCGCACUGCUCUUCUCCGAACUGGUACAGCACUGCCAGAGCCGUGUCUUCUCCGUGGCCGAGCUGCAGGCACGCCUGGCCGCGCUGGGCCGCCAGGUGGGUGCGCGUGUCCUAGAUGCGCUGGUGGCUCGUGAAAAGGGUGCCCGACGGGAGACCAAGGUGCUGGGCGCCCUGCUUUUUGUCAAGGGCGCGGUGUGGAAGGCACUUUUCGGCAAGGAGGCCGACAAGCUGGAGCAGGCCAACGACGACGCCCGUACCUUCUACAUCAUCGAGCGGGAACCGCUCAUAAACACAUACAUAUCGGUGCCCAAGGAAAACAGCACGCUCAACUGCGCCAGCUUUACGGCAGGCAUUGUGGAAGCGGUGCUCACACACAGCGGCUUCCCGGCCAAGGUCACAGCACAUUGGCACAAGGGCACCACACUCAUGAUCAAGUUCGAGGAGGCCGUCAUCAGCCGAGACCGAGCCCUUGAGGGCCGUUGACCCCACUGAAGAUAAAGGAUGAGAGAUUCCCCCUUCCCAA